AGCGGUAAAUCUACAACCGGCAGCAAUCAUCACUACCACCACCAGCCGCCAAGCCAUUAUCAAAUUGGUAGCAGCGCUUUUAAACAAAAUUGCUACUCAAAUCAAUUUGCGCAAUCGAUAUUAUAUACGUCCAGUAAUGAGGACUUGAGCGCAAUCAAUGAGCACGGCGGUAGCGGGGGCGGACUCAAUGGUGUGGCUGGCGGUGCGUCCGGUGGCAGCGGCACCUUCGGCAUUGGCAACGGUCACAGUAAUCACCAAAACAAAGCCACAAAUAGCAAUACACAAACGACGUGCUACUACUUCGCGCCCAGUCGGCACAACAGCAUUUAUGAACACCCCUCGGCGGUGGUACAAAACUCGUUUCACUUCGAUCCAUCGGCGGCAACAAGUGCAGCCGCAGCAGCGGCUGUUGAGAGUUUGAGACGCAGCAAUAGCAUCCUGUUGCGAAAUAGUAGCUGCGCCAAGGCGCUGAACCAAAGUGGUGGUGGCGGCGGCGGCCUUAUCGAUGGCUCAGCUGGUGGCCUCGGCACGCCAACGUCACUGAAUUCAGCUAUGGAUAUGGGCAGUGGCACAGACGCUUCGUCUUGUUGCUCUAACUGCUGUGUCGGCCCACCGCCGGUGCUAUUUCUGUUCGUAACACUGUUGAUGACCACCAGUGCGACAGCUAUGCUCUGCGCCGCCAUUAUGACUGAUCAUUGGGAACAUGUGACGUGGGAUCGCAAUAGCUUGGAUAGAUAUAUGAAUCGUUCAGGCAUGCAGUUAGAGUGGAUGUUGGACGACAAGGUGGCAAUGUUAAAGCCGGACAAGAAAAUGGAAUAUCGCUUUCGGCGAGACACCGUUUUUCUAGUACCCAUGCACGGUGGCAUUUGGACCCUUUGCAUAGACUUGCCGAUGCAAGAAUUACAAGAACUGCGACGACAUCCAAAAUUUCCACGCGGUGCACCACCUUGCGUCAACUAUCUGGCCGGCUCGAUGGAGAAUGCUCGUGGCGAAGAGCAGCGAAACGAUUGGCAACAUAGUGAGUCCCAGACCUCAUUGCAGCCCCAUUUAAGUACGUAUGGUACAAUCUAUGUGUAUUCCAACAGAAAGCAAACA